AUGUCCGAGGUUCCCAGACCGCCCCGGAGCACUGGCGAUGGCAUACCUCAUCGACGCCAAGCCUCAGGCGAUGGAGUUCUCGCACAAACGAGGUCACUCGAUGAAGCUCCAGCAAAACUACGCUACGUCUUUCUCCUCGUCGCCUCAGUCCUGCGUCCCUCCAAACCACUCGAGCUAUUCAGCUACGACACACCGAUCAUUCCCAUAGCUGCAGACUUCAUCUGCUUUCCUUAUCUUCCACAGUCACGCUGUGCAACUCAAAUCGGCCCGAUUCGCAGCGUCGAAAAGAGCGAUCAAAACAGGCAACCGGAGCAGCUGGCGGGUCUUCAGUAA